UCCCCACCCAUUGGUGUCUUCUUUAAUUUGCUCAUAUUUCUCAGAGAUUUCCUUGUACGAGAAAUUGAAGAUGGUUCAAGUUGGUCACUUCCUUGUUGCAUUUUCCAUAGUUUUCAUCUCUUUGGCUUCCCUCUCAUCAACAGAAGCGAUAGAUAACAGCAAGCAGCGAGGGCGGGCUUUGGGUUCUCUUGGGGGUAUUGUGAACUUGUUACGGACAUAUUCUAAUAGCAAACUGGCGAAUUUUGUGAGAAACCAUUAUAAGAAAUACAAGGAUGUGAUCGACCCCAACAAAGUAAGAGAAGUUACCGAGUUAUAUAUGGAAUAUGUAGAAUCUUUGCGUGCAGAACUCGAUAUGAAGUUUGAUAAUAGUUGCAAUACCGAAUACUGCAAAGUAAGACAGCUUGGCAAGGCUCAGUUCAUUGUUCGUAGCCCUGGUGAUCAGAAGUGCGAAACUACACCAAGCUAUUGUGGAAUUGGGCAACUACUGCAAGAGGGGAAUCAGUUCCUCCAGAAAUUCGUCAACGAAACAACCCCCGUAUGUCCACAGGGUUUUUGCAGGGAUAAUGUUACACGCAUAGCUCCUCCUCCGUCUUCUGCGUCUUAUAACAAACCCCUUCCUUCUGUUGGUCUUCUUAUUCCUAUACUACCUUCCGUUCUGCUACUACUCUCCUUCUUCUUCUCCUACUAAUACAUACUAGCUAUUCCUAUUUGUGUACGUACAACGUCCUAGGAUCUUUAUUUAAUCUAGCUAUCUUCUGUUUGGUGUGGUGUGACUGUGUGAGGGCCUUAUAUAUGCAUGAAGGGGUUGUCUCUGCCUGAUUUUCAAUUAUUGAAGCCUCUAGAUAUCUUCUGCCAUCCAUCUCCUACUACUCUAGCUACUUAUAUACAUCUUCGUCUCCUGUGUCUGCUGUGGUGUAAGAGUUUGAUAUAUAUCAAAGAAUCCUAUUGUAAAAUAAAAUGAG